AUGGACGUCGUAGCAAGUUCCAAUUUCUCUUCAAUUUCUCCAUUGAUAUUUGAUGGAGACAACUACCAAGUUUGGGCAGUUCGUAUGGAGGCAUAUAUGGAAGCUUUGGAUAUUUGGGAAGCAGUGGAAGAGGAUUAUGUAAUUCCUGCUCUUCCAGACAAUCUUACCAUGGCACAAAUAAAAGUGCAAAAGGAGAAGAAGACAAAGAGAUCCGAGGCAAAGGCCUAUCUCGGGUUCAUGUCCUACUUCCUUGGCAUAGAGAUCAAGCAAGGGCAAGGUGAAGUUUUCAUCUGUCAGAAAAAAUAUGCAAAGGAAAUACUAAAGAAAUUUAAGAUGGAUGAGUGUAAGGCAGUAAGCACUCUAAUGAAUCAAAAAGAGAAGUUAUGCAAAGAAGAUGGUGUUGACAAAGUUGAUGAAGGAUAUUUCAGGAGUUUAAUUGGUUGCUUGAUGUAUCUCACAGCAACAAGGCCUGAUAUUUUGAAUUUUGUGAGUAUUUUGUCUUGUUUCAUGCAUUGUGCAAGUGAAUUACAUCGCAAGGCUGCAAAAAGAGUGAUUCGAUAUGUCAAAGGCACAAGUGAUUUUGGUGUUAAGUUCACUAGGGGCAAGGAGUUCAAGCUGAUUGGUUUUUCUGAUAGUGAUUGGGGAGGUUCCAUUGAUGAUAUGAGAAGCACUUUAGGCUAUUGUUUUACUCUUGGCUAUGAUGUUUUCUCUUGGAGCUUGAAAAAGCAAGAAAUUAAGGAAAGCACAGAGAUUCUUGUUGAUAUCAAAGCUGCUAUUGCUAUUUCUCAUACCCCUAUGCUUUAUAAGAAGACUAAACAUUUUAACAUCAAGUUAUUCUUUCUAAAGGAAGUGCAGAAAAGUGGAGAGGUGAUUCUUGUCUACUGCAAAACAGAAGAUCAAGUUGCAGACAUAUUAACUAAAUCAUUGCCUACUAUCAAAUUCGGGUUUCUAAGGUCAAAACUUGGUGUUUGCAACUCCUAA